UGUUUGUGGAUAUUUACAGCAACUUCUCCACUUAAGGCUCGAGAAGCUGUGGUUUUCUUGGUUUAAAAAACAGUGACUAAGCAGGGGUGUGGGAAGGUUGAUGGUUAUACAGAAGCCACGUGUCGGAGUGCAAGGACCUUGCAAUGUGCACCAAUUGUUCUUUUUAAAAGAAGCAACGCCUUGCAUAAAUGCCUGUGCGCUUUAAGGAAAUGACUAUACGGCAGGUUGAGAGGUUCCUGGAUGUAACAUGCCUUUAAAGAACCGAAGGACCCAACAACUGUUUGAAAAAGCCACUGAUGGCUCCCUACAGAGCGAAGACUGGACGCUGAACAUGGAGAUAUGUGACAUCAUCAAUGAGACAGAAGAAGGCCCGAAGGAUGCCGUUAGAGCGCUCAAGAAGAGGCUGAAUGGAAACAAAAACUACAGAGAGGUGAUGCUCGCUCUAACGGUCCUGGAAACGUGUGUCAAGAACUGCGGCCAUCGCUUCCAUAUCCUCGUAGCAAACCGAGAUUUCAUAGACGGUGUCCUGGUUAAAAUAAUUUCACCCAAGAACAAUCCUCCCACCAUCGUUCAAGAUAAAGUCCUUGCCUUGAUUCAGGCUUGGGCUGAUGCCUUUCGAAGCAGCCCUGACCUCACAGGAGUGGUGCACAUUUACGAAGAGCUCAAGAGGAAAGGCAUAGAGUUUCCCGUUGCGGAUUUGGAUGCCCUGUCUCCAAUACACACCCCACAGAGAAGCGUUCCUGAAAUCGACCCAGCUGCCAACAUGCACAAGUCCCAGUCUCAGCAAAAGAUGAGCUCCAGCACCUCCCCUACGUCCUUCCCGGCUCCUCAGACUCCCCCACUGAAUGUGACCGGCCCCAUCAUAGCAAAUACGGAACAGAUUGCACGAUUACGCAGCGAAUUGGACGUUGUUCGUGGCAACACCAAGGUGAUGUCGGAGAUGCUGACAGAAAUGAUCCCUGGGCAAGAGGAUUCCUCAGACCUUGAGUUACUGCAGGAGCUGAACCGCACCUGCCGAGCGAUGCAGCAACGGAUUGUGGAGCUGAUCUCCAGGGUGUCCAACGAAGAAGUCACCGAGGAGCUGCUUCAUGCCAACGAUGAUUUGAAUAACGUCUUCCUCCGAUACGAGAGGUUUGAACGUUACAGGCUGGGCCGAUCAGCACAGAAUUCAAGCAACGGAGUUCUCAGCGAGGUGACCGAGGACAACUUAAUAGACCUGGGCCCUGGGUCCCCAGCAGUGGUCAGCCCCAUGGUGGGAAACACAGCCCCCGCCUCCACCCUUUCCUCUCAGCUUGCUGGGCUCGAUUUGGGCACAAACAACGUGAGUGGGGCCCUCAGCUCGCUCCCCCCCAGCAAUCCCCGGGAUGACUUUGACGUGUUUGCACAAACGAGAGGCGGCUCCGUGGCCGAUCAGCGUAAAACCAGGACAAAGGAGGAUCCACAAACGACUAAAGGGAUGGCACCUGCCCCGGAUAUCCGGAAACCAAAUUCAGGAGGGCGGAGAGGUAAAGGUGGGAGUUGCCCCAUGGAGCCCAUAGACAGGUGGCUCAUCUCCCAAGGAAUGAUUCCUGUCCCACAAUCCUCUGUCAUGGAGGACAUUGAGGAGUGGCUGAGUACUGACGUGAAAGGAGAUGAGCUGGAAGAAGGCGUGACCAGCGAAGAAUUCGACCGGUUCCUGGAGGAGCGUGCCAAAGCCGCGGAAAGGAUCCCCAAUCUGCCCUCCCCUCCUCAGGAGGAGCCCACACCGCCACCAGCGAAUCCGCCUAGCAAAAGGAAGCCAGAGCGGUCCGAGGACGCCCUCUUCGCUCUGUAACGGUCCUUCUCCUUUCCCCCGCCACCCCACCUGCACAGGAGGAGGAGGCGGUGGCAGCCCAUGCCAAGAGCAACCUGGCUAGCGAUGGGCCCCUUCCCGUCCCCGGUGGCCCCAGAAGAGGUUGCUCUUUUCUCUCCUCCUCUGGGGCUCGGCCCCAUUUCCUUAACCUUGGGAGUGGGUUCUACCACUCGGAUAGGGGUGGUUUCUCACUUCACUCCCUCUCACACCUCUGCCCCUUUGAUGAUGCUGAGAUUUUUUUUUUUUUUUUUAAAGUGAGAGAUCUGCAUGACUACUUGCACAGACUCCGUUCCCCCUCACUUUCCAGCCCUCCCCUCUCCCUCCCCCCCCUUCCCUUGCUUAUGCACAAUAGCCAUGCAUUCAGUCCUUGGCUUGGCUCGAGUUAGGGCGACUCCAAAGCCCGGCCUGCGGUCCCUUCCUCUCGACCGCCUGCAAAAAUCAAACCUGACCUUCCAGCAUCAUCAUCGCCACUGCUCCCUUCUCCUCCCUUAGCUCUGCCUGGGGGGGGUUACUAUAGUAAAGCUAUCACGGGAAGGAGGUUUGCUUGUGCGAAGGCAGCUUUCUUUAGCCAAGAUACCUGCGCAGGUUCUGCGGGUUACGAAGGAGCCUCUCUCUCUGCAGGCCCCGGAGCGAACCGGCUGCACGUCUUUUCUCCCCUCGACCCCCCCCCUCCCUCUCUAAGUAGGUCAGAAAUUCAGUCCCACCUGUGAGGGGGACAGGCCAGGGUGCCCCUCCCUCCCUCCCUCCAUCUUUACAAGAACGGUAUUGAUAAGGGAAAGUCAGCCACAGAAAGGGACGAGAUUGCACUUUGCACUGGAAAUGUUAACCCCGCGCGACAGUUGCGUCUGGCGGUAUGAAACACUGUGUGUGUGUGUGUAUGUGUGUGUGUGUGUGUGUGUUAGAACCUUAUUUGCAUUUUAAAGCACUAAAUGGACUAUAUUAUCGGGCAGGACUCUUCUAAACACUAACGAAAGGGUGGAAAGCAGUGGGGGGGGGAACAGCCCUGUUGGAAUGAGUGGGGGCUUCUGCCUUGCUCUGACUCCAGCAUUUUAGCACUGCCUGCCGAGUGGGGGGUUGGGGAGGGGGGCUUCACCAUUACCUCUCCCCCCACCCUGCACCCUCUUGCUUUCUUCCCCUGUCUCUCUCAGUAAGUUCUCCUGCAGCCUUUUUGUUCAAUGCUGCCAUGUCAACCAGAAAAGAGACCCAAUUCUUUUUAGAAAAAAACUCAUCCCACUUCAGGGAGAGAUUGUAGCCUUCUCCCUCCCCCCCCAAGCUUUAUUUUAAGAAAAGGGAAAAUGUUUCAAGAGGACCCAUUCCCACAGGUCAGAGGCCAUCGGAAAAUCUUUUAAGAGGAUGCAAAAAUAACUGGGUGCUGGUGGAAUUAAGUUGUAUUAAGAUACGUUGGCUCAAAGCAAAAGGAGCAUCCUGGCCUCCUUUCACCCAUCCAGGUUGGGCACUGUAGGCUGCAGCUCUGCUUGUACCCCAGGAGAGGAAGUGACCCUUCUGUGCUCCUGGGCAGAGAACCUGGUAGGUUGCCACCUGGCAGGGCCACUGCCAGCCUGGGAAAGAGGCUGCAUUUUCUUGCCUCUGAUGCGACCUUUGUCCCGAGAUUUCCCCACGGCCAGCCGUCGCUUGGCACAGAACCUCGAGUCCUCGGUCAGCACUGGAUGUUUCUGGGUGAUCCUGAUAACCCAUCAGGGGCCUGCAGGAAAAGCAGCUGGAGCCUCCCUUCCCCUCCUUGGCCAGUUAAUCUGCAGCCCUUAGAGAGGCUCCAGCCCCUCGUCCUGGCACCCAAACCUUUCGCCCUUUAACCAAGAAGCCACCCCAAGAAACCAGCUCCCCCCCACUCAAUCUUUGCUCUCCUCCAGAGCAUCGGGUUUCCCAUUGCUUUGCCCUUAGCCAGUCUCUGUUUCUCCCCCACUGACUACCCAACCGCUAACUGUUCAGGAUCUCGUUCCCUUUCCCCGAAACCCGUUUCAUAGCCUCGCCAUCUGUAUAUUUAAAGCUACAACUUCUUUUCUAGUUGUCCCGAUUUUAAAAACGGAUAAUAUUUAUUGACAAAUACUCAAAACGUUUUGUUUUAUUCAAGGGAGACCGCCUGACGGGCGGACGAAUGGAAUUUAUUGCUUGAAGGGAAACGUAAAAGGUUAACAGUGUAAAAACGAUACUAGUGAUAGUGUUAACAACACUGAAACCAAUUUAAAACUAUCUUGGCUUCUCUCUUUCUUCUACUAGUGACAAUAUACCCGAGAGAGAGCAAAGACACCUGGAGUUUGUUUGUUUUUUUGCAUAAGGCUGUAUUAACCGAUGUCACUUAACUCUCCUUUUGGAUGUCUCUGUGUCUCUGUACAUAUUUAUAUAUAUAUUGUUUCUGCAUGUCAAAACCGUCCCAAUAAACAAAAAAUAGUGCAAUCUUA